CUUUUUGCACAGCUGAAUGCUGGAUGUAGAUAAUAAAUGUAAAAUCUAUUAUUAAUUAUUAUAAUUUAAGUCCAUUAUCUGUGACUUUUUGUGUACCAGACUUGAAACUAGCAUCUUCUUAAAUCGUGCCAUCGUGGUACUAUCUACUUAGAGCAGACAACACUAUAACAGUGGCCAGUCAGUGACUAGUGAGUAGUGAGUCUCUUUAUCAUUUAAUAAGUUUAACCCUGAUGUUCAUGUUUCGGACUUCGGAAUGCUUAAUUAAUAUUCUCUGCACUAUUUACUAUUUAGAUGUAUUAUUCUAUUCUGUAUUUCUGUGAAUUCAUGUAGAUUGUAGAUGACCAUUGUCUACUACUUAUCAUAUUAUAUUUACAUAUUCCUUACAUGAUAUAGUAAUUGUCAUUUGAGUAUUUGGCUUAAGUUGUAAACUCUCGGCUGUGCUUGUAUAACUACUGUCGAUAUUCUUGAUAACACUGUUCAACAUAGCCAAUUAAUAGUAGACGCCUACCUAGAAGCAAAUACCUAGUUAAAAUGGAUCUCAAGUCUGUUUCCAGUAGUAAAAGUUUUGGUGGUUACCAGAAAGUAUAUGAACAUUUUAGUCCUACAUUGCAAUGUAACAUGAAAUUUGGCAUUUACUUACCUCCUGGAGUGAGUGAAACGGAAAAAUGUCCGGUAUUAUUUUACUUAUCGGGUCUUACAUGCACUGAACAAAAUGUUAUCACUAAAGCAGGAUUUCAAAAAUUUGCUGCUCAAUACAAAAUAAUUGUUGUUGCUCCUGAUACUAGUCCUAGAAACUGUAACAUUCCUAAUGAAGAUGAAAAAUGGAAUGUUGGUUCUGGUGCUUCUAUGUAUGUCAACGCUACCGAAGAACCGUGGAAUAAACACUAUCAGAUGUUUACCUAUAUAACUGAGGAACUCCAUCAACUCGUAUUAAACAAUUUCCCAGUUAUACAAGAUAAAAUAUCUAUUACUGGACAUAGUAUGGGUGGCCAUGGAGCAUUGUUAUGUGCUUUAAAAUAUCCAGGCAGAUAUAAGUCAGUGUCAUUAUUUGCACCUGCUUGCAAUAUUUCUAAUUCACCCACAUUAAUUGGUGGAUUGACAGCAUUAGUUGGAGAGGAAAAAGACAUUUUGCAAAAAUGGGAUACAACUUUUUUAGUAAAAAAUUAUGAUGGCCCUGAAAUGGAAAUAUUAAUACAUGUGGGUAGUGAUGAUGAAUUUUUAACAAAGGAUUUACUAAUUGAUAAUUUUGUAAAAGCAGCCAAUGAGUGUAAAGAUAAUAAAAUCAAGACCAAAGUAUUUCUUGAAGAUGGCUAUGAUCAUGGAUAUUAUUUUGUAUCAACAUUCAUUGAAGAACAUUUUAAAUAUCAUUCAUCUAAAUUGUCUUCGUAAAAUAAUUUUACAUUUAUGUUUUUUUUUUUAAAUUAAACAAUCUAAAUGAAUAGGCAUUAUUACAUUUUUUAAUAAUUUAAUUAAAUACUUAUUUUACGCCUCAGGCCAAAAUAUUUAAUAGCGAAAUAUUAAGACACACCCACAUGCAUACUCUCCGUCUUACAAGAGCAUAACAUAGAAAAUUCUAAGAUCAGUAGAUCACGUUUAAUUUUAUUUGUUGAAAAAUUAGAGUGAAUUGAACUCUUAUAAAAUUUUAAAAUUAUUUAAUUUUAAAGCAAGUUAUGAGUGUUUUAAAAUGUACAAACAAUUUAAAAUUUUUAAAUACCCAUAACUUGCUUUAAAAUUAAAAUAUAAAUAAAUUCUUAUGAGGUUCACUAGAUAAUAUUCUUACUUCUGAAUUUGAUAAGUUGCACUUACUGCUGCAAGUAACACACAAAAGGAGUUGAACAAACACAAUGUUUUUAAGGGUUGUCUUUUUACGGGCAGAGAAGUACGCGGGAUCAGCUAGUUUAAUAUAAUAUACGAGUUAAAAAUGAUUUUCAAUCAUAAUAACUAUUUUUUGUAACCAAUAGCAACCUUAUAAUAAACAAAAAAUAUAUUAUUA